GAGCCAGUUCCAUGGUGAUGUUUCAAGUAGAUCUCCUUUUCCUAGUAACCCCCCACCUAUGACGACAACCUCCAAUGUCCGUCCAGCUUGUCGCGGCCAUUGCGCACUUUCAGUCACCAGCCAUAGAAUGACAAAGGUAUAUCUGAACCACUAUGGACUGAUCUCUUCGUCAGUGUUGUUGGCCAGGCUAACGAUCUGCCUUGGUAUGAGCUGCUCGGUGUUGGUCGGCCACAGGUAAUGCGCUUCAGGAUGCACAUUGUGGCAUUGACUGAAUAGCGACCCUUAUAUACGAGUAGAUGGCCGUUCUUCCAAUGACCAUUAUAGCAACAAACGCCUGUUACAAAAC